AUGACAUCCACAGACAGGAUCAUCAACAAGUCCCUUCCCAGGGAACUUGUGGGAGUGAUACUCCCUCUUCUAUCAUAUAGGGUAGCGAACUACUCUCUCAAUGCCGAUCUGUCGGCCGGCACAAAGGUGAUUACUAUCACCUUUGAUGCAAACCAGCCCAAACUCCCACGUUCCAGGAGAGAUCCCGCUCACUUUCCUCCCCAACGGAUUACCCGGGCUCCAGAGGCAGACAUGGCUCAGUCACAUGACCCCUCCUACCCUCAGCCAAGCCAAGCCCAAGCAAAUGACUCUCAGAGACACGUGAAUAUAAACAUUCAAUCUGAACCCGUUUCCACCAUGCUAGACCAGUCUAUGGACCCCUCCCCCUCCAGCCCCAUUUCCCCCCUCCCUCCAACCCCCUCCUCAACCUCCACCCCAUCUGCCGCUCCCACCCAGGAGAAAAAACGUAAAAGAAUAAACACCCCCACCCACCCUCCCCUCUCCGACCAUGCUACCCAGACUAAAGCUACACCUAUUCCUAAUACCCCCUGUUUAGACCAAACUACUCAGACUCUGAUAAUUGAAACUCCCACCCCCCCCCCCCCCCUCACCCCAAGCCACCAUCAUAGAUGCCCACACUUCUCCUAUCAAGGCCACUAA